AAUUAAUGUAAACAUAAAAUAUUAAUUAUGGCGUCGCCCAAAGAAUCGACAGGAGAAAAACCUAAAAGUAUUCUAAAACAUACCGCCUCAUGCGACGAUCAAAGAGUUGAGGUUCAUUGGGAUGAGAUGAACAUACUUCAGACAUAUCAUCCUGCUGGUAAAGACUAUGGUCACAUGAAGAUCAAUGAACCACCAACACCAUACAACUACCAGAAUGAUGAAUCUGACCCUGAGUGUGCUUGCCAACUUGAUCCACAACAACUGGCUGAAAAAAUAAAAAAUGUCCCUGCAGAAUGCAACAAAAGUCCAGAGCCAGAGGACCAAAGUAGCUCAGAUGAAGAGAUGUCACCUGAACAGCAAGUGGUUAAGAAGGCAUUCCAAGACAAACGUAAACAUCACUACAAUGAAUAUGAGAAUGUUAAACUUGCUCGUGAACUAAUCAAAAAGGAAUUAGAAGAGUUAGAAGAUGAUGAAAAUGAACAGGGUUCAUGAAAGAAAUAAUGUAGCAAUGGUACAUAUGAUGAUAGCAUUGCUACCAGCAACUGAAUGUCUAUAAAUACUAGGAAAUUGUAAAUUAUGCAAUAAUAGAAAUGUUUGAAGCAACAGAAACAGUAUGGCUUACAUCAGGAUUUCCUCUUGUGAACCAUCAGUAUUUGCUUGUGAACAGAUUAUGAUAUUCUUGCUUGCAUUGUUUGUUCCUUUGUGGCAUUUCAGGUUAACUAUGCCACUAUUGAUAUGAAUGAAUCUGGACUGCAUUUCAGUUUUUCAGAAGUGCUUUUCAAACGCACAUGCAUCCAUCUUGCUUACUAUAGACUGACUGAGUGUUUUGACUGGCCAAAUUUAUCCCAGAGUAUUUGUUAAGAAUAAAGUACCAUAGUACUUGCCAUCUAGACCAGGCAAAUCCAUAUUCAUAGAUUUACUGGAUGCAUGUUCUAGGUUGUUCAUAUCUACUUUGGCACUUCAAGGUACACGAAUUUAACAUUAACCAUAUACGCACCUUGGUUUAUGUGCUUAUGACUAAAAAGGAAUAGGUUAGUGAUAUGUUUGCUUGUACAGCUAAUUUUAAAGAUACCAUUAGAGUGUAAAUGUAUAAACAAUGGU